GCUUGUAACAUCCCUCCGUUGCACCCCACAAGCUCCCUGUUUUCUCGGGGUUCGGUCUAGACUCCUGGGCACGGUGCGGGGUGGGAGCAAGCGGUUACCCCCGGUAUUUGGUGGUCAAAGGCGGCCAGGGGACGUCCGAUCUUGGAGGUGUCCGUCUCCCUUCGGCCUCGCCCGGCCAAUUCAUCAAUCUCUGCGACACUCGAGACACCGAGAGAACUCGCAAGACCUGCAACACCAGCAAACCCCCGAAUCCGCGGUUUUCAAGUUUCUCAUUCUUGCACCUGAGCGGAACAUCAUCAGCAGGCCGACAUGCCAAACAUUGUCGUCCUCGGUGCCGGCGUGAGCGGCCUCACCUGCGCGCUCUUACUGGCAAAGCAGAAGGGCAAUGCCGUGACGGUGGUGGCAAAGCACAUGCCCGGCGACUAUGACAUCGAGUACACCUCGCCGUGGGCCGGUGCCAACGUGCUGCCAAUGAACUCCGACAAAGACAGUCGCUGGGAACGGCGCAGCUGGCCCGAACUGCGUCGCCUGGCCACCGAGGUCCCCGAAGCAGGGCUCCACGUACAAACCGCCCGCGUCCUCCGCCGCCGCGCCGACGUCACAACCACAGGCAAUCUCAAGAGCGCCAUCGCGGACCCGCUCUUCCAGUUCUCGCCGUGGUACCGCGAAGUGAUGGACGACUUCCGCGAGAUCCCCGCGGCGCAGCUCCCCGCGGGGAUGCACUCCGGGUGCGAGUUCACGUCGGUGUGCAUCAACACGGCCGUGUACCUGCCCUGGCUGGUCGGCCAGUGCGCGCGGCUCGGCGUGCGCUUCCGCCGCGCCUCGCUGAGCCAUGUGUCUGAGGCGGCGGUGAUGGGUGCGCAUGGGGCUGCCGCCACCGCGAGGGCGGAUGUGGUGGUGAAUGCGUCGGGUUUGUUGGCGUGUCGGCUGGGCGGGGUCAUGGAUGCCAAGGUGGUGCCCGCGCGCGGGCAGGUCGUGGUGGUGAGGAAUGGGGCCGGCGGGGUGAUGCCCACGACGAGCGGGUGUGAUGAUGGGGAUGAUGAGGUGGUGUAUGUCAUGCAACGGGCGCUUGGUGGGGGUACGGUGAUUGGGGGCACGUACAUGAAGGGGAAUUGGGAGGCUAACCCGGAUCCGAAUGUUGCGGUGAGGAUCAUGAAGAGGGCGGUGGAGAUACAUCCGGAGUUGACGGGCGGGAAGGGGGUCGAGGCGCUGGAUAUUAUCAGGCAUGGAGUCGGGUUACGGCCGUUGAGGGAGGGCGGGGUUAGGAUUGAGAAGGAGCUGAUUGAUGGAACGUGGGUUGUGCAUAAUUAUGGGCACGCUGGUUGGGGAUACCAGGGGAGCUAUGGGUGUGCCGAGAGGGUGGUUGAGCUGGUGGACGAAGUUGUGGGGAGGACGAAGCGGGAGUCAAAACUCUAGAUAUAGGAUUGCGACCACAUGCGAGGUAUUGGGUUUGACAGUUCACAUCCCGCAUUUUGCCUCCAAUUGUUGUUUGGGAAUUGUCAUUUGAAGGAAGGAAGGAGGAAGCGUUUAUGGUCAGUCAAUCUGGGCUUGGUAAAGGAGCGACCGAAACGUGGCACUUGCUGCCACCCGCCAAGAGCUGUCAACACCCCCCUGUCCUUUAGCACAUGCUCAACUCCAAACUCCAGCAACGCGUCCUCAACACCAUCACCAAUAUCGUCGCCAAGACAUCGACGGCAAUCAUGGCGGAACACGACCACCCGCCAAUCCACAUCCGCGCAACCCGCUUCGUCCUCGACAUCCUCAAUGGCCGCCAUGUCCUCUCCAAACUCAUCCCCCCACUCCUCUUCCUCGCCGAUGCGCUGCUCUG